UCUCUUUGCCCCUUGCUAGCUACACAGGCUGCCCAGGGUCUGACUGGGGCAUGAGUGCAGAGGAGGGGGGUAUACCUGGCCUGGGCCAUCACAGGCAGGCCCGUUGGACCCUGAUGCUCCUCCUGUCUACUGCCAUGUAUGGUGCACAUGCCCCAUUGCUGGCACUGUGCCAUGUGGAUGGCCAAGUACCCUUCCGACCCUCCUCAGCUGUGCUGCUCACUGAGCUGACCAAGCUACUGUUGUGCGCCUUCUCCCUCCUGGUAGGAUGGCAAGCGUGGCCCAUGGGAGGCCCACCCUGGCGCCAAGCUGCUCCUUUUGCACUAUCAGCCCUGCUCUAUGGUGCCAACAACAACCUGGUGAUCUAUCUACAACGUUACAUGGACCCCAGCACCUACCAGGUACUGAGCAAUCUCAAGAUUGGAAGCACAGCCCUGUUGUACUGCCUCUGCCUCCAGCGCCGCCUCUCUGCACGCCAGGGGUUGGCACUGCUGCUGCUGAUGAUUGCAGGGGGCUUUUAUGCAGCAGGUGGCCUGCAGGACUCUUGGAACACUGUUCCAGGGCCCCCACCAGGAGCUGCUGCCAGCACCAUGCCCCUGCAUAUCACUCCACUGGGAUUGCUGCUCCUCAUCCUGUACUGCUUCAUCUCAGGCUUGUCCUCUGUGUACACAGAGCUCCUGAUGAAGAGACAGCAACUGCCCCUGGCACUACAGAACCUCUUCCUCUACACUUUCGGUGUGCUGCUGAACCUUGGUCUGCAUGCAGGCAGUGGUCCUGGCCCAGGCCUCCUGGAAGGUUUCUCAGGAUGGGCAGCACUUGUUGUGCUGAGCCAGGCACUCAAUGGCCUGCUCAUGUCAGCUGUCAUGAAGCAUGGCAGCAGCAUCACACGCCUCUUUGUUGUGUCCUGUUCUUUGGUGGUCAAUGCUGUGCUCUCAGCAGCCCUGUUGGGACUGCAGCUCACAGCCACCUUCUUCCUGGCCACAUUGCUCAUCGGGCUGGCUAUGCGCCUGUACUAUAGCAGCCACUAGAUCCUGACCAUCUCCAGUCACUUUCUUACCCUAUGGAUUGGGUGCCACUACUUAAAGCCACCUCCCAGGCCUUCCCUAACCUCUCUUCAGCAGCCCUGUAACAAGUGCCUUGUGAGAAAAGCUGAGGAAGUGAGAGGAGCCACAUUAGUCUCUGGAGGUGCUAGAUAAAGGAGUACCCCUAGGAGACAUGAAGAGUGGGUUUGCUUAAGAAGACUUUUAGUUUUCCACCACACCCCCAAGUUCUUCCAGACUAAAAAGUUGGGAGUAUCAAUACAUAGUCCUAAGAAAUAACCCCAUCUCUGAUGUGGGAGGCCUCCUGUCUCAUCCUGCGUGAACACAGUUUCUCAGAGUAAUAAGUGUGUGGCCAGCAGAUGACUUUCCUUGCCUGGCAGACCCACUGCCCCCAGGCAUGAUACUGGCUGCUUCAGCCCAGUCUUGGUGCAUGACUUCCCCCAAGAAAUACUCCCCACUCUCAUGCAGGAAAGCCCAGUUGCCAACAAAUUAUACACUCAUCACCCAGGCCACUCUACCAAGCUUCCCCAUCUAGCAGUGCCUGGAGACAUCUGCCCCUCUCCACAGUGCUGCUUCCCACACCUACCCAGCCUUUGGUCUGGAGACCCUAGAGGGGGCUGGGGCUUGUCUCAGGAAAUGUUGCCCCUGGGCCCUCUUGAAGUCCUGUACCACCUCCAAGGUUCUUGGGAGGUACCAUCUCCCCACUGUGGAGCCUGCCCUUUCCUAGUAGUGUCCCAGGUCCCAGCAGUCUGGAGAAGCUCUGGACAGAGACCUGGGACCAGGUACAGGAAACCUGUAUAGCUCAAUCAGUGUCUCUAACUGCAUAAGCAAUAAAGUCUUAAAAGUGUUCUAGGGUGUAAGUGCUUCCUAUAACCAGUCA